GUUGGAGGAAGUGGCCUGGGAGUCGCCGCGGGGCCUGAGGCUUUUAGGCACCUGACCCCAGCCUUCUCGGAGCCGGCGUUGCCAGGGCCCGUUUUCUCUAGGUUCCGAGAUCUGGGCCUGAGCGCUCCACUUUGCCACUUCAGGGGUCUUCUGGAUUGUGCCCGGCCCGCGACCCUGCCGUUCCUUUCCUUUCAGCAUGAUCCGCUGGACCCCCAGCGACUUGCCUGAAAGAGACCACUCAACCUGGACGAACCUUUUGGCAGCCCCAGACCGUCCUUGAGGAGGAUGACUGAGACACUAUGGGCCACGCGCUUUGUGUCUGCUCUCGGGGAACUGUCAUCAUUGACAAUAAGCGCUACCUCUUCAUCCAGAAACUGGGGGAGGGUGGGUUCAGCUAUGUGGACCUAGUGGAGGGGUUACAUGAUGGACAGUUCUACGCCCUGAAGCGAAUCCUGUGUCAUGAGCAGCAGGACCGGGAGGAGGCCCAACGAGAAGCAGACAUGCAUCGCCUCUUCCAUCACCCCAGCAUCCUUCACCUUGUGGCUUAUUGUCUGAGGGAACGAGGCACUAAACAUGAGGCCUGGCUGCUGCUACCCUUCUUCAAGAGAGGUACGCUAUGGGACGAGAUAGAAAAGCUGAAGGACAAAGGCAACUUCUUGACUGAAGAGCAAAUCCUUCGGCUGCUGCUGAGUAUCUGCAGAGGCCUUGAGGCUAUUCAUGCCAAGGGUUAUGCCCACAGGGACCUGAAACCCACCAAUAUCUUGCUUGGAGAUGAGGGGCAGCCAGUUUUAAUGGACUUGGGUUCCAUGAGUCAAGCAUGCAUCCACGUGGAGAGCUCCCGCCAGGCUCUGGCCCUCCAGUCCCUAGGCUGUGUGCUAUAUGCCAUGAUGUUUGGGGAAGGCCCUUAUGACAUGGUGUUCCAGAAGGGUGACAGUGUGGCCCUUGCUGUGCAGAACCAACUAAGCAUCCCGCAGAGCCCCAGGCAUUCUUCAGCCUUGCGGCAGCUGCUGACCUUAAUGAUGACUGUGGACCCCCAGCAGCGCCCUCACAUUCCUUUCCUCCUGAGUCAGUUGGAGGCACUGCAGCCCCCGGCUCAGAGCCAGCACACUACCCAAAUCUGAACAAACCAGUGGCCAUGUUGAGAAGGUGGCCCCUGUGCCUUGGGAAGAAGCUCCCAUUCCUUAGUGGAAUCUCCAUCCCUUCUAACCAGGACAGCUCUCUUGUAGUUAGGGGCAGCUGGGGGGUGGGGACAGUCAGCUCAGUCUUCUGUCUCUGAUUCUGCUCUCUUACGCCCAAGAGCAACAACUGGACUGGGGGCCUGACUGGGUAGCGGUGGGUGAGGGUGGGGAAUGGGGAAAGGGGAACUGAUAGAAUCUGGUAAAGGCUCUGAGCAGGACUGCUGAGCUUACAUCAUGAUCUGCCUCCAAAUCUGGGAGCAGGAAAAUGUAUGAAUAGAAGAAUAAAGUGAAAGUAGCUUGG